GCGGUUGGCGGACUUGGGCUGGCCUGUGGGGAAACGAAACUGAGGUAGCGGGCAGCGGCUCUGGCAGAGGCGGGGCUAGGCCCGGUGGAGGCGGCGACAGCGGCGGCCUGAAUCCCCCUCUCUGCUCCCAGGCAGUUCGCCCAGUCCCCUCAGCUGACAAUGAAGAGGAGAAAUGAUCCAGAAUGUACUGCCCCUAUCAAGAAACAGAAGAAAAGAGUUGCAGAGCUUGGUCUGAACCUCAGCUCUACAUCAGAUGAUGAACCUCCUUCCUCUGUCAAUCAUGCAGUCAAAGUAUCUACCACAAGCCUCAGUGGGUCUGACAGUGAAACUGAGGGGAAGCAACGCAGCUCUGACUCUUUUGAUGAUGCAUUCAAAGCAGACUCCUUGGUGGAGGGAACUUCUUCUCGAUAUUCCAUGUACAAUAGUGUCUCUCAGAAGCUUAUGGCCAAGAUGGGCUUCAAGGAAGGUGAAGGAUUGGGUAAAUACAGUCAAGGACGGAAAGACAUCGUUGAGGCCUCUAAUCAGAAAGGUCGAAGAGGUUUGGGUUUGACAUUGAAAGGUUUUGACCAAGAACUGAAUGUGGAUUGGCGAGAUGAGCCUGAGCCCAGUGCCUGUGAGCAGGUGUCAUGGUUCCCAGAAUGUACCACUGAAAUUCCUGACACCCAGGAGAUGAGCGAUUGGAUGGUUGUGGGAAAGAGGAAAAUGAUCAUUGAAGAUGAGACAGAUUUUUGUGGGGAAGAGCUUCUUCAUAGCAUGUUGCAGUGUAAGACUGUAUUUGACGUUUUGGAUGGGGAGGAGAUGCGACGAGCUCGAACUCGGGCCAAUCCCUACGAGACAAUCCGGGGAGUCUUCUUCUUAAAUAGGGCAGCAAUGAAGAUGGCUAACAUGGAUUUUGUGUUUGAUCACAUGUUUACAAAUCCACGAGAUUCUUAUGGGAGACCAUUGGUGAAGGACCGGGACGCUGAGCUUCUAUACUUUGCAGAUGUCUGUGCAGGCCCAGGUGGAUUUUCAGAGUAUGUACUUUGGAGGAAGAAGUGGCAUGCCAAGGGAUUUGGAAUGACUCUGAAGGGCCCUAAUGACUUCAAGCUAGAAGACUUCUACUCAGCCUCCAGUGAGCUCUUCGAGCCCUACUAUGGUGAGGGUGGGAUUGAUGGAGAUGGAGAUAUCACCCGCCCGGAGAACAUCACUGCUUUUCGGAACUUUGUCUUGGAUAACACAGAGCGCAAGGGUGUCCACUUUCUAAUGGCUGAUGGGGGUUUCUCAGUAGAGGGGAAGGAGAACCUGCAAGAAAUCCUCAGCAAGCAGCUGCUGCUCUGUCAGUUCCUCAUGGCACUUUCUGUUGUCCGGACAGGAGGCCACUUCCUUUGUAAAACCUUUGACCUGUUCACACCAUUCAGUGUGGGGCUCGUCUACUUGCUGUACUGCUGCUUUGAACGAGUAUGUCUCUUUAAGCCAAUUACUAGUCGUCCAGCUAACUCAGAAAGGUAUGUGGUAUGCAAAGGCCUGAAAGUGGGCAUAGAUGAUGUGCGGGAGUUCCUGUUCUCUGUGAAUAUUAAACUCAACCAGCUGCGAAACAGUGAUUCUGAUGUCAACCUUGUGGUCCCUUUAGCAGUGAUAAAGGGAGACCAUGAAUUUACUGACUACAUGAUACGGUCCAACGAGAGCCACUGUAGUCUUCAGAUUAAAGCUCUGGCCAAAAUCCAUGCCUUUGUUCAAGACACAACCCUAAGUGAGCCUCGGCAGGCAGAGAUCCGGAAAGAGUGCCUCCGACUUUGGGGGAUCCCGGACCAGGCUCGAGUUGCCCCUUCUUCCUCAGACCCUAAAUCUAAAUUCUUUGAGCUAAUCCAGGGCACUGAUAUUGACAUCUUCAGCUAUAAGCCCACGCUACUUACCUCCAAAACUCUGGAGAAGAUCCGCCCAGUGUUCGACUAUCGUUGCAUGGUGUCUGGCAGCGAGCAGAAAUUUCUCAUUGGCCUGGGGAAGUCCCAGAUCUACACGUGGGAUGGCCGCCAGUCAGACCGCUGGGUCAAGCUGGAUCUGAAGACAGAGCUACCCCGGGACACUCUGCUGUCUGUGGAGAUUGUCCAUGAGCUGAAAGGGGAGGGGAAGGCCCAGCGGAAGAUCAGUGCGAUCCAUAUCCUGGAUGUCCUCGUGCUCAAUGGCAACGAUGUGCGGGAGCAGCACUUUAACCAACGGAUUCAGCUUGCUGAGAAAUUUGUGAAAGCUGUUUCCAAGCCGAGUCGGCCUGACAUGAAUCCAAUCAGGGUAAAGGAAGUAUACAGGUUGGAAGAGAUGGAGAAGAUCUUUGUCAGGUUAGAAAUGAAGAUCAUCAAGGGCUCCAGCGGGACACCGAGGCUGAGCUACACAGGGCGGGACGACCGGCACUUUGUGCCCACUGGCCUCUACAUCGUCAGGACAGUGAAUGAGCCAUGGACUAUGGCAUUCAGCAAAAGAGUGAAGAGGAAGUUCUUUUACAAUAAGAAGACCAAGGCAUCUACUUUUAACCUCCCUGCAGACUCCAUCGCCCCAUUUCACAUCUGCUACUAUGGUCGGCUCUUCUGGGAGUGGGGGGAUGGCAUUCGUGUGCACGACUCUCAGAAGCCCCAGAACCCAGACAAGUUGUCCAAGGAGGAUGUCCUGUCCUUCAUCCAGACGCACAGCGCCUGAAAGUGUGGGGAUGCCACCCUGCUGAAUGCCCCGUGGUUCCUAGUCAAGGUGUUCUGUCUGGGGCCCCCACCACUGGAUCCUUCGCCUUCUUGGAAAGGGGCUGGGGAGUGUGGCCACCUGAGCUUACCCACUGGUCUUCUUUCCAUAUCGUCUGAAGAGCUCAGUCAGAGACAAAUGUUCUUUCUGGGAUGCCUUUGGACUUUUCCUCCCUGGAGAGCUGCUGGGAACUCUCUUCCUUGCCAGGACACAGGCUGGAGGACACUACUCCUGCAGCAAGUUUGAGGUCACAGUCCAGGGCACGUGGGGCCAGUAGAGGUGUCAGAGAGCAGCAGGACUUAGGGUUCUGUUGUUCUCUCCUGUAUCCUGUAGACUCACUUUUCUGAGUUCCGUGCACUGCCCUGGGGGCGGCCAUGCCUCUGCUUUGCCCAUCUUUUUAUUGGGCCAGUCCUGAGUGGGUGGAGGCCCACUGUCCUGAGCUAGCCAGGAGCAGCUGCUGUACAAAUCAAGGUUUUGUUCCUUUGAUCUUGCUCUGUUUUCAUGCCAAGUUGGAGAUCUUGUCUCCACCACUAACCCUGUCCUGAUCCUCCCUGGAGUUCUUGCCAGCCCAGACCUCUGACAGUCCCGCAGGCCGGGAGGGGAGGUGUGUGGGCCUGACAUCCCUGAAGCCACAUCAGGGUGCAGUGGAUGUGACUGCAUCUUGGGAUUUCAGAGCCUCCCAUAUUCUUUUGAUCUGAACCUUGGAAAGCUCUAGAAGGGGGAGAAGCAGCCUUGAAAACCUGACUUUUUCUAUGUCCUAGCAAAAGGAACCCCACUGGAACAGAGUACUUCUAGGCUCGUGUCAUACUUGGCCUUGGGCAGUCGUGGCACCAGUUUGCCACAGCACCUCGCUACCCUUAUCACCACCACCACCACCACCCUCCUUUGUUUUUUCUUUUCCAGUAGGAGUUAACAGUCAUUUUUAUUUGUCCUUUUGUGGUCACUCCAUUUCCUCUUUGGCAGAGGGGGAGGAGGGUAAGCUGGGCAGUAGUUUUGGGUGGGGGAGGGUACCUGUGGUUGUUUUUAAAUGGGAAAUACUCUCAGAUACUUACAUGGACUCCCAAGGGCCCCAUCCCAGUACCAGACUGGUUUCCAUGGAGAUAGGAUGCCAAGGCUCUCAGUGAUGUUGGAAUUGCCGCCAUUGCGGGGUCUCUAGACAGCAUCAAGCCCUUCUCCCUCCACCUAGGUUUUCAGCAGCAGUGCUGAGAUGCUGUGUUUCCACCCAAUUCUGGGUAUAUCAGUGUGUCUUGCAGAAUCUUGGAUCAUUAAAGAGAAACAUAUUUUUAA